UCGUCCCGUCUCUGCUGCAGCUUGAAUCCAACAGGUAACAUGUUUGCUCCGGUCUCUACCCUGGUCCUGGUCCUGGUCCUGGCCUGGUCCGGCUCGGCUCAGCCGGUCGACAGCAUGGCCGAGCUGAAGAAGGUGCGGGUCGCCCUGGAGGAGCUGAAGGCCGAGAGACAGGUGAUGAGUGAUCGUCUGGACACGGCUGAGCAGGAGAUGAAGAGAAUCCGAGAAACCCCUAAAGUCGCCUUCGCUGCGUCGCUGGGAGGAAACGGUCUCGUGAAGACGACCUCCGGCAACAAGGACCUCCUGUACACCGACGUGCUGACCAACGUGGGCGGGGCCUACAGCCCAGCCACAGGUGAGUUCACGGCCCCGAUUCGUGGAGUCUACUACGUCCGCUUCACCGCCAACGCCCCCACCGACUUCCCCAUGAGCGCAGUGCUCUACAAGAACAGCGACUCCAUCCAGCUGAUCGCCCACGAGCAGUCGUCCGGCGAGGGCAGCGACACGGCGUCCAACGGCGCCACCUUGCUGCUGGAGCAGGGAGACACGCUGAAGCUGGUGCUGUGGCACAACACUCAGAUCUGGGACAACAGUAACCACCACAGCACCUUCAGCGGCUUCCUGCUGUUCUCCAUGGAGGACAGUCCACCAGCAGAGGGCGCUGAAGACCAGCUGAAAACCUUCCAGGCUUCACUGAAACAGCUUCAGGCUGAAACCUCAGGCAUCAGAGAGCGACUGGAGGCCACCGAGCAGGAGCUGAAGGCUGCGAGAGAAGUACCAAAGGUGGCGUUUGCAGUUUCUCUGGGAGGAAACGGUCUUCAGAAGACGACGUCCGGACGCAGGACGCUCAUCUACAAAGACGUCCUGACCAACAUCGGACAAGCGUACGACUCUGAGACCGGUGUGUUCACGGCCCCGACUCGUGGAGUCUACUACGUCCGCUUCACCGCCAACGGCCCCACCGACUUCCCCAUGAGCGCAGUGCUCUACAAGAACAGCGACUCCAUCCAGCUGAUCGCCCACGAGCAGUCGUCCGGCGAGGGCAGCGACACGGCGUCCAACGGCGCCACCUUGCUGCUGGAGCAGGGAGACACGCUGUCCAUGAAGCUGUGGCAGAACACUCAGAUCUGGGACAACAGUAACCACCACAGCACCUUCAGCGGCUUCCUGCUGUUCCCCCAGUGAGUCGAUACGGAACCAGAUCCAGUCGUCCAAUCAUCUUCGAUGCGGAACUUUGAUUAAAACUUGGUUCAAAUAAAUUCUGCCUAUAAAUCUUUCAAA